CUCAAAUCAGCUCGACCAAUUUCUAUUUAAGUCCUAUACACACUGCGCACAAUCCCGUUUAUUUUUCCGUAGCGAGAUGGGUGUACUCGCGGAGCUCGAUUAGUCGUCCGUAAGCCACGGCGCGGUCAGGCCGCGUUCGCGGGUGCUCCGUGUAUUAAACUGUCGAUAUCAGUGUGAGAUCUGUUUUUUGGAACAUGUGCUGUGUUUGAUAAAGAAGAUGACCGGUGAAAUUUGCUGCAACCAAAAAUGGUAUGCGUUGAUUUGUGCGGGUAGCUGAAAGGAGAGAUGCACUUGCGUGCUCUACUCUCACUCGAACGGACAACCACCGGCAUGAAGGGCCAACCGGUUUGGACGACGUCGCCUCCCGGCGAGCCCUUGGUGCGGGCCCCAGUAGGAAAACCAAGAUGUCCGCCAGCCAUUUCUCGGCUCCGUGUGGAGAAAGUGGAGGGCGGGCUAGCGGUUGCCGGCGUGGUCGUCGCAGCCAACUGUCAAAUAGUACUGCCUAUAUUCGGAUUUCUGUUCAUGCUCGUCGGAUGUGUGCUUACAGCGGCUUCGUAUCGAGGUUGCGGUGAGAAUGAGGAGCCGGACCACUAUGCGGCCCGCAUCGCAUUCACUGGCAACUCGCGCGUGCUGGGCCCUGUGUGCAUCGUCGCAGGAGCUCUUAUGACUAUUGCUGGCAUCGUGUUGUGCAUGUUAAUGCGAGCUGCUCAACGCCGGCAGCGUAGGCUGGCGUUCCACUGUCCCAUUCACGGAGACUUCUACCCACUCAGCCCACAAAACAGCAGAAAAUAUUCUCGCACUCCGGCGGGUAUGUGGCGCUGGAUGCGCAGCUGGCUGGGGCUGGUGGAGGAAGGCGAGGCGGCGCGCUGCCCACGCUCUGCAGAGCCAGCCUCGCCAGCACGGGCAGAUGCCCCGUGUCCCCCUCCAUUACCUUUCUUGGUACCCUCGGACUCUGUAGUAGGUAUGGCUUCAGUACUGGGAGCUCCUCUUAGUCCGGAACAAACGUUCGGCUCCAUCAAAUCCCUCGCAAUAUCGAGGGAGGUCGCCAGUUUUCCGCUAUCGCGCUCGCCGACACCGCCACCAUUGAGUUGUCCCCCAUUCAAAGAGGAGCCCAAGUGUCUGGAAGACAUACCGAACGCAGUGAUAAUACGGCCGGACUUCGACUGUGGCUCGCCGACGUGCAAUUACCGUAUCGUUGAGUGCAAAUUGACUACCACUGAGGAAAUACACCGCAGUGCCCCACACAAUACUAGUGUACAUAGCGCGGACAAUAAACAAAUGAGACCCAACACAGUCUCCAUAACGAUACCCGACGAGGGGAAGGUUAUGGAUCAAAACAAUAUUAUAGAGUGCGGUGGCUUUUAUUUUAUACAUAAUUUUGACUCUGGAAAUCUCGGUCAUGUAGAAAGGGUGCCUACGGAGCUAAUAGCUCCAUCUGUAAACCCAAAAACGAAUUUAUCUGAAACACCUGAUUAUGAAUUCAACUUGUGGACUCGUCCCGACUGUGCGGGCACUGAGUUUGAGAAUGGAAAUCGCACCUGGUUCUACUUUGGUGUGCAGGCCAGCGAAGCUGGAGUACUGGUGCGGUUAAACCUCAUAAACCUGAACAAGCAAGGCAAGAUGUAUAACCAAGGCAUGGCUCCGGUGACGCGCACACUGCCAGGCAAGCCUCAGUGGGAGAGGAUCAGAGACCGUCCUGUACAUUCGACGGACGACAAUACAUUCACUCUGAGCUUCAAGUACAGAACGUCGGAAAACCUGAAGGCGACUACGUUCUUCGCGUUCACAUACCCGUUCUCGUUCGCUGAGCUGCAGAUCGCGCUAAACUCCAUCGACCUGAAGAUGUUGCCACUUCCCCCGCCGCAGUCACCAGACGAUAUCUACUACGUUAGAGAAUGUCUCAUUUAUUCUUUAGAAGGGCGGCGUGUAGAUCUUUUAACGAUCACGUCACAUCACGGAAUCACAUCAGAGAGAGAGGAACGACUCAAGAACCUGUUCCCAGACAACCAGCCGAGACCACACAAGUUUCUCAAUAAAAAAGUGAUAUUCAUAUCAGCUCGGGUACAUCCAGGAGAAACUCCUUCGAGUUUCGUGUUCAAUGGAUUCUUGAACCUUCUUCUAACAAGGAAUGACCCCAUAGCAAUUCAGUUGAGGAAACUCUACGUUUUCAAAAUGAUCCCGUUCCUUAACCCUGAUGGGGUCGCUCGGGGUCACUACCGGACUGACACUAGGGGGGUCAACCUGAACAGAGUCUAUUUGAACCCCUCAUUAGCUCUGCAUCCUACUGUAUACGCUUCCAGAGCCUUAAUUAGGUAUUAUCACUAUGGCACUGAAAAGGAAGACUUGGUUGACGACAGCAAGAGCUACACGACGCGCAGUAUACAGAACAUCAGCGAGAAUACCGAGGUACCGGCACACAAUCAAGUCUUAGACACAAAAAAGAAGAAAGGCAACAGUAACCAACAACCAUACAAAAGCGGUGAUUACUACAAGAGAGAGAAGCACCCGAAAUCUAUGACUAACAAUAAGUCGUCGACCACAAUUAAACCUCCUUCGACCUCCUCUGACAAUUCCAAGAAGGAGUUCAAAUCACUCAGUGGAGAGGCAGCUCAUUUGGCUGAACAGGUAUACGACAUGAAACUGCAAGAACAGCCUUCACAAACGAGUGACGCAUCAUCAAAACCAUCGAAUUCCAACAUGGACGACACAUCCUCGUUACUGAAUGAAAAUACGUUGAGAACAUGUUUGGGAUCCACGGUUCACUUGAGCACCAGUGAAGAACUCAAUUUCCAGGGCUCGAACCCACUACGACCAUUGCGGGAUACGCUCAAGAAUAGCAUCAGUUUACUCAUGGAGUCUACUGGCUCUGUAGCUGGGGACAAUUCACUGGGCGGCAAGGAGUCUCGACAGUCCAACGUGAAGGUGGGGUGGUGCCAGGACUGCCGCCUGGCCGUCUCCAAGCUCGAGGACACCAUGCCCGGCAUCACUGACAUGGUACCUGGGUACAACGUCUCGCUGGACUCGGACGCCUCCACCUCACCUAUGCUCAAGGAAGAAAACGUAUACUUCUGCACCAACUGCUUUAAGAGAUAUAUACUUACAGAUUCAAAUGAAGAAAUCAAGGUAUGCAGCGUGGUGUCGACGACCAGCGUGGCGGUGUCGGCCGCGGACAGCGCGGAGCCGCGCACUGACUCACAGUCCUGCGACAAACUCACCGGCACCGGGGACGCUAUACUCCAAACUGUUAAUCAGCCUUCACCAAAAGAUGACAAGCCGAAGUCUCCCACAUCAAAGGCAGGCAAGAAGAAAGGCGCGCCGGUCACCAGCACUUCUAGUAAUAACAAUAACGCUGUGGUGAAGUCCGGGUUCAAAGAGGUCGAGUCCGGCCUCUAUUUGUACAUAGACUUACAUGGACAUGCUUCGAAAAAAGGUAUAUUCAUGUACGGCAACCACUUCGACGACCUGGAGAGCUGCGUGGAGUGCAUGCUACUGCCUCGCAUCAUGUCUAUGAACAACCUGCACUUCCACUUCUCGUCCUGUAAUUUUACCGAGCGGAAUAUGUACCUCAAGGACCGCCGCGACGGUAUGUCUCGCGAGGGUUCGGGGCGCGUGGCGGUGUUGAAGGCGACGGGUCUGGUGCGGUCGUACACGCUGGAGUGUAACUACAACACGGGGCGCCUCGUGAACGUGCUGCCGCCGGGCGUGCGGGACGCGGCGGCGGCCGGGCCCGCGCCCCCCGCCGCCGCCGCGCCGCCGCCCCCCAAGUACACGCCCCACAUCUUCGAAGAGGUAAACCCCUUCCAGUUAAGCCUACAUGUACAUGGCUCACGGCUGAAGAUCAUUGCACUUGGGCACCGUCUACUGCCAUUCCAAAAUGAGACGUUGCCAUGGCCUCCCAUGCCCACAUACAAGUUACGCACCUACCUGAUCUCGGUGGGGCGCUCGCUGGGCGCGUCGAUACUGGACCUGACAGGGCAGCACCCCAACUCGCGCAUCCCGUGCUCGGAGCACCGCAACCUGUCCGCCGUCAGGGAGUGGCUGCGUGCCCACACGCGGACCCUGCGCCCCCAGCUCACGAUGUCACGUCUCCGCCCUAAGACCACAUCCCCACCUCGCGUGCCGCUGUACGCGCGCUCCAAGGGUAAGGUGACCGAGGAGCGCAAGGAGAACACGUACGUCGGUGCCAAGACUGACUCCGAGCGCAAGCGGAGCCCGCCCGUACUGGCGCCGCGCUCCGGACACGACAUCAUGAACCUCGGCAUGAAGUUCAGCAAGAAGAACGAGCCCGUCAAGACCACCUCCCGGACUAGAUACUUGAGCGAGAACGAACCCAAACCCAAAACAUUAUCCACCAAACGAAGAAAUAUUCUGGCCAUCCGGAAACCGAACUCGAGUAAGACCGCGGCGGGCGGCGUCGCGAAAACGAAGGUGAGCCGGAGGUCGGCGGACGACACGGAGAGCCCGCGCACGUCCAUCGUGUCCGGCAAGCUCAGCAAGCGCAGCUACUCGCGGUCCGUGCGCGGCUCGUCGGCCCGCAGCCGCGCGCUGGCCUCGUCCUCCUCCGACGAGCUGCUGGCCGGCGCCUGGGAGGACGUGGCGGGCGGCACGGCGCUGGGCGCCGCCGACGGCCUGGCGCUGCCCGCCAAGCGCCGCCCCUUCCCCGCGCCGGCGCCGCCCCCGCACCUCAAGAAGAUCCGCCUCAAGCAGGCCAUGUAGCGCCUGCUACGCGCCAAGACUCGAUCACUGCCGACUCCCAAACAUUUUAGUAACUGACCAUUUUUAACGUUGGCAAUAUCUUUGUGUGAGGCGCUAUCACUGUAACUUAUGCCAUUAAAAAUCUUGUGUGAUCUUAUCUCUUGCUUUGGGUCUAGCUAAGGUAUCUCUACUAUUAUUUAGGAUUAAUAUCGUCACCCAUUAGGACAUACUGCUCGUACACUUGUACGAGUUUCGACAUUUGUUGUCAUACUACUUAGAACACCCUACUUACAUGUAUAUUUCAUUUUACUGUCAUUGUUGGUAGGGAUAUUUUUAAUGGCAUGAGAACUAACUGGGUUAGUCUUGUAACUUAAAUUUUCGUUGCUAUAUAAUAACUUCGGGUAUCUCGUGAUUAUGUUGACUGACGAACUAAAUUUUUGUGUUCUUUAGCAUAAUGUUUUAUGUCAAUUUUCUCGUUUAAAAUUCAAAGUCUGUAUAUUGUUUUACACUUCUUAUUGAGAUAGAUGGAGAUAUUUAUUUAUCGGAAAUGUAGAUUUUUACUAUAAGAUUAUAUGAAGACAAAAUAUCUUUUAUUGUUUGCGGCGAAUUGUAAAGAAUAUACCAACUGUAGUGAGUUAUAUGCUCAUGGAGCAAUGUUUUCAAGAUGUGCUAAUAUUGUAUAAUGUACUAUUGAUCUCAUAUAUGAAAUUUAGCAAGAAGCUGGUUUCGAUCAGUGCUCAUAUUUAUUCGAUCAGAAAUAUUUCUGUACCCACGGCUUACAAAAUGAUUGAGUUAAGCUUUAAAAAAAUUGGAAAUUGAAAUUAGGAACAGAAACAAAGUGUUUGUGUGAUAUAAAACAGCUACUUGGUUUGUAAAGGGUUUUUUUUAGAAUAUAAUGUAUGUAUUACUAACAUGAUAACUUGUGUAACACACACAUGGUGUAAGGUGAUGCGGCUGCCUCCAUGGGGCGUCUCAUUACGUCUACUAGUGCAAUAAUUUUAUAUAAAGUAUAUGUACCACGAGUUUUAUAUAAAUACGUGACCUACGUGAAAUUCUAAGUUCUUAUUAAAAUAAAGUGUUAACGGUAGAAAUGCGUAGUGUGUAUAUUUUAAAACAGUAACUAUUUAUUUAUCUGAAAUAUUAAUAUAUGGUUAAAUAACAUACAAUGUUCUCACAA